CACACCGAAUCAAAGAAAGCCGAGCAGCCAGUCAGCGCCGCCGCCAUUGGACCUGCGGAUCUUCGUGUCGUCGUUCUCCCGACUGGAUUCUGCUUUUCGGCUCCGGAUCGAGCGGACCGGGCCAUGGCCCCGCGGUGCUGAGCGGCGUGGGAAGCGUACACGCGCGGCGGGGACGCUGGUGGUUUUUAAUCUUCGUGUCCGAGCGGAAAAAUGGUGGAUUAUCCGAGUGAGAUGAGGAUCUUUCGACGUCUGGACGUCCUGCCCGAAGAAAUGGCGCCGCUCCAGUCCGCGUCGUGCUCGUAGCUUAACGAAUCGCGCUCACACACAGAACACUUGUCGGAACCGUGAUGGAUUUUAACGGCGGCGGCGGGAACGAGCUCCACAACAACCAGUUCUAUCAGUGCGACGAGAACAAGCCUCUGCUGGCGGACGCGUGCGAGGGCCACAACAACGCCAAGCCGUGCGCGCCGCCGCUCGGCGCCAGGCCGUGCGCGGCGGCCGUGCCGUGCGCGCGCAGGCCCGUGCAGCUGUGCGGCGGCAGCGGGAUGCGAUACAAGCUGCUGCACGAGGGCGACAUCCAGGUGUGCGUGCUCAAACACCCGCGCACCUUCCUCAGCAAGAUCCUCACCUCCAAGUUCCUGCGGCGGUGGGAGCCGCACCACCUGACGCUCACCGACUGCAGCCUGAGCUCCGCCACCCCCACCGGUUACAUGGAAGUGUCGCUGUCCUACAGCGCCAUAGAGGACCUGCAGCUCCUUUCAUGGGACAAUGCUCCAAAGUACUGUGUCCAGCUCAGCUUUCCUGGUGGCACCAUCCUCCUACAGGCUGCAAACAGUUACUUACGGGACCAGUGGUUUCACUCGCUGCAGUGGAAGAAAAAAAUAUACAAGUACCGCAAAGUCCUGAACAACCCAAGUCGUUGGGACGUGGUGCUGAAGGAGAUCAGGGCGCUGGUGGACAUGGCCCUGACCUCCCCCCUGCAGGACGAGUCCAUCCAUCAGGCUCCUCUGCACAUCAUCUCCACACUGCUGGCUGAGAACUCCAGUCUCAGCGCUCAGGAUCAUGAGAGCAUCAUCGUGGCUAUUGCUCCUUUGUUGGAAAACAACCAUCCACCGCCUGACCUGUGCGAUUUCUUCUGCAAGCACUGUCGUGAGCGGCCACGGUCGAUGGUCGUCAUUGAAGUGUUCACUCCUGUGGUCCAGAGAAUCCUCAAACAUAACAUGGAUUUUGGGAAAUGUCCUCGGCUGCGUCUCUUCACUCAGGAGUACAUCCUGGCUCUCAACGAGUUGAAUGCUGGGAUGGAGGUUGUUAAGAAAUUCAUCCACAGCAUGCACGGCCCGACCGGACAGUGUCCUCAUCCACGCGUGCUGCCCAACCUGGUGGCCGUGUGCCUCGCCGCCAUUUACUCCUGUUACGAGGAGUUCAUCAACAGUCGGGACAACUCCCCCAGCCUGAAGGAGAUCAGGAAUGGCUGCCAGCAGCAGAAUGACCGCAAACCCCCAAUGCCGCUGCGGCUUCUACGACCCGAGCCGCCUAUACCACCUCCUGCCACCCUCCUGCCCCUCUCUACCAACACCACUCCUCCUCAGCCGCCUCCUCCGGCCUCUUCAAAUCCCGCUCCAUCUAUUCCCAUCUCCUCUCCAACACCUUCACUGCCGCUGUCUCCUUCUCCCUCCGCCAUCAAGUCGAGUGAGAUUCUAGUUGAGUUGGAACGAAACUCUGCCAACACCAAGCGAAAUACUGACCCACCGGGUGGGAACAGUGAGCCCAACCUCAUCGACUGUCUUCUGGUCAGCCCGGCGGUCAACACGCUGUCCAUCCAGCUGCCGGCCCAAGCCGACCGUGUGCUCAGCUGCUUUGCUCUCAUCCUCAAGAUGCUCUCUGAUUACGAUGACUGGAGACCUGCUCUGGCCAGCCUGCUGCAGCCCAUCCCCUUCCCCAAAGAAGCGCUGGCUCACGCCAAAUUCACAAAGGAACUGAAGUAUGUUAUACAGAGGUUUGCUGAGGACCCACGGCAGGAGGUCCACUCGUGCUUACUCAGCGUGCGCUCAGGCAAAGAUGGCUGGUUCCAGCUCUACAGUCCAGGAGGCUUGGCCUGUGAUGAUGACGGAGAGUUGUUUGCUAGUAUGGUUCAUAUCUUAAUGGGCUCCUGCUAUAAGACCAAGAAGUUCCUCCUGUCGCUGGCGGAGAACAAACUUGGGCCCUGCAUGCUGCUCGCCCUGCGUGGAAACCAAACCAUGGUGGAGAUCCUGUGUCUGAUGUUGGAGUACAACAUCAUCGAGAACAAAGACACACAACUGCAGAUCAUCUCCACGCUGGAGAGCACGCAGGUCGGAGUGCGCAUGUAUGAGCAGCUGUGUGACCGCCAGAGGGAGCUGAAGGAGCUGCAAAGGAAGGGAGGUCCCACCCGCCUGACACUUCCCUCCAAGUCCACGGACGCCGACCUGGCUCGCCUCUUAAGUUCUGGUUCCUUUGGGAACCUGGAGAACCUGAGCCUGGCCUUCACCAACGUCACCAGUGCCUGUGCCGAGCAGCUCAUCAAGCUGCCGUCACUCAAACAGCUUAACCUCUGGUCCACACAGUUCGGGGACGCUGGCCUGCGGCUGCUGUCGGAGCACCUGGCCUGUCUGCAGGUGCUGAACCUGUGUGAGACGCCCGUGACAGACGCCGGCCUGCUGGCUCUCAGCUCCAUGAAGAGUCUGUGCAGCCUGAACAUGAACAGCACCAAGCUGACUGCAGACACGUACGAAGACCUGAAGGCCAAACUGCCAAACCUGAAAAAUGUGGACGUCCGUUACACGGAGGCCUGGUGAUUGGCCACGCCCAUCAACACACGGCACACCGUGUGGUGAUGUCAUCUUCAUCAUCGCCAUUAUUACACCUGGAAAGCUGACAUCCUGAUGUGAGGACAGAGGGGGAGGAGCCUCCAACAGCUUCAGGUGUCAUCAGCAAACCUGCAGUGGCGCCACCAGCAGCAAGCUGGCGUCACAGCGUCCCUGAGCCUCGCACACCUCCUUUAUUUUCCUCACUUAUCGUAUGUUGUCUUCAUUGGCACGAUGCGAGGACACAGCUGUCUUUGUCUCACAUACACCUGUGUCUGUUUUCACACCAAGCUCCACCCCCAACCCUCGGCCCAAAACAGGAAGCAGCCUGGAUGAAGCGAGUCACAUUCCAGAACUUGUGCGAUCCAGGUGUAGCUCCACCCAGACACGUCCAGCCCCCGUUGUUUCUUCUUCUGCUUGCGGCUCUUUGGGGGGUGCUACCUCGGAAGACUGUGCCUGUCCCUCACAGACCACGCCUCCUCACAAAACCUUUCUAUCAACUUGAAUGAACAUAUUUUUCCAGACAUCUGUGCUUUGAUAUUUUAUGUCUUUAUAUCGAAAACAUGAGAAUCGUCCCGCUGAAGAUGUUUUUAGGGAGAGCCGUGUUUCUCUGUGUACAUACUGAUGACGUCACGUCGUGUAGCAUUAGCUGGACGGUCUUCACACUGUCCCACGGCCCCUCCUCGGUUUUGUCUUGACAUUAAUGAAGUAAAUGCGCUCGAUUUGGAUUCCUGCGUUGUUUCAGAAAACGAGUCAAUGGAGCACAUCUGUGCACAGCUCCCUCUGCUGUGCUGCAGCGGUAUUGUUACCCCUGCUUAGUUUUUUCCUCACAGAUGAUGGACGUUUGCCAAAUAUUGAUUGACUUCAGUUUCUUCCUGUGAAUUUCUUUAUUUUGUGGUUUAAUAGCAUUAAUGCUGACCGACGUAUGAAACGUCCCAGUGUGUUGAACGCCUCGCGGCCCAAACCUGCGGAGCACCCCGCUGGCUUUGACACCCUGAUGUUCUGGCUCUGGCCACAGCCAACCGUAACAGCGCCUCUAGUGGAGGAUUUGAUAUCUUUGUAAUGAGACACGGACACGUUGAACCUGUACCUGUCAAUCAUCCAGCAUUUACUGUUUAUAUGGAGUCAUUGUGGACCGAAGUGUGGAAAAGCCACGCCCACUCCAAAUGUGUCGUCUACAUUCCCUCCAAACGUUGCCUUCGUAUAUUGUGGUACCCACGCCGACAGACUCUUCUUCUCCUCCUCCUCCUCCUCUCUGGGUCGUCAGCAGCCCAUCAGGAAGCAGGUCCCAGUUUCAGCGUUGGUCGUCCAUCCAUCUUAUUACGUUUGGAACAGAAGAGAUCGGAAGCCGUCCGCUGUGUUUCCUAUUUAUCGAGUGCCAUGACGGUUUUCUGGAUGGCCUUGGGGACUUUGUUGUUAUUCGGCCGUCCUGGGUCUAGUUUUAGGACCUCUUUGAUAUCCUGUAACAUGUGCUUGUACAUACUCGUCUUUGACUCUCUGAAUCAUUUUUGAAACGUUUCUUCUUUGUCAUUUCUCUCGGGUUUUUUUUUCCUCCUCUGUUGGCGAGCAGCUGUUGCCUUCAUCAGUGUGUUUUUAUUCACACAAAGUGCAAUGUAAUCUAAAGUAAGUAUGUUUUCAACUAAUAAUAUGCUUAAGACAUUUUGUCAACAAAUUUAAUUUGCUCACUUUAGCUUCCUCCACCAACCGACAGCAGAGGGCGGAGCUGUUCCCUGUGAUUGACAGAAGAUGGCAGACUUGGGCCACAUUUUUCCUUUGAGUUGAUGAGACUGGGCCUUUUUGAACAACCCACCUUAUGACAUCACAGUGAUGGUGUGUGUGCUGCCCCCUCCUGGUGUCAGUUGGUAGAGGUAUGGUGUUUUGUAGAGAGGGGCGUGCCCUCUCGGGGGGGGGCUCCUUGGCCCCUUUGUAUUUGUGUUCUUGUUGGUAUUUUUUGGUUUUCUUGCAUGUACAGUUUUGCUGCAUCACCUGCUCCUUUUAUUUUGUAAUUUAGCGAAUUUGUUUUUAUAAAGAUGUCCAAGUUGUGAUGGCGGUUGCAAUCACGCUGUGGCCGAGACAAAUGACUGAAACGGAGAGCGCCCGUGUAAACCUCUUUCUGAUUGGCUGUACUGUACUGUAGUAGGAUGUACUGCGAACAGACGUGACUGGUUGAGCAAGUGAAUUUUUAUUUUUCUUUCAAAGCCAAAUCAAACACUGGUGCUUUCGCCUGAGGCGUCCCCUCGCUGCUCUUCUGUGCAAAUAUUUAAAAAUGACAUGCGACAGUUUAAACGUGGAUAAUCAAGCGAGGCCUCGUUUGAUAAUUUGAUUAUAUUCUGACCUCCACGGAUGCACCACUCUGACAAGAUCAGGUAUUUUUUUUAAUAAAGUACUUGAUAUGAACCAGCAGUGAGUGUUAACCUUAUUAAACACAGUACAGUUUUUGUCUUUUCUUACAACAUCUGACGUCUUUGCAGCCAAAAAAAAAAAAGACGAAACAAAAAAAUUUUGUUUACCUGAUAAGAGUUCUCCUCUGUCAGAAUUUUAUUUUAUUUUUGUUGUUCGGUUCUGGCUGCAGCGGGUAGAUGGUUACUUUCAGGAAGUGGGCAUGGACCGAUUAUCUCCCUGGGUGGUUGUCAUCCAGGACGUGCAGUUGUCCAGGGCAAAAAGUACCUGAACAGUUUUUGGGUUUAAUGUCUGACCAGCUUAAAGCUUUCUUUGGCAAAUUUCCCAAACAAUUCUUAAAGAUUUUUAUAAAUAAGUUGCAUGUCGUCUCUCCUGACUGACGGCGGCCCGUCUCUGGGUCCUUUGGAGACGUUAUGUCGGGGACUUCGUCCGCGUGGCAUGCUUCUCUGGUACGAUCCAGCACACAAAUUUGUCGGUGUUGAGGACACCAGUGACUGGAGAAGGCCACGCCCACAUAUGGUCUGGCUGCUGGUUGCCACCCGUACUUUUCAUUAUCUUAUGAACUUUUGUCUAUCUUAUCCAAUUGCAGCUUCAUGAGGUGGCAUAAUAAAGGUGACGGUUGGAGUCCACCAUGUGACUUGUGUCUGCACUGCGCAUUCGACCAAUCAGCAAUGAAUCAGAACAUCUGCCCUCAUCAAACUCUGUUUUGUGUUUUUUAUUUUUAAUGACAUAUUGUCUGAAAUGUGUGUUUUCAGUACUUUAAGCCCAUUUUGUAAAAAUCUGUUAAGGAUUGUUUGGGACCGACCAGAACUUACCCAUAAUGCCUCACGGUGUGUCUCACAGCCAAUAGGCAGCCUGCAUCCUGAGGCGUUUGAUAAACAGUGCAGAUAAUCCAAGAUAAUCCAAUAAUGGCUGCUGAACGCGUUGACUUUCAGAUGGAAAAGGGAAGCUGGUGUAAUGUGUUUGUCCGCCAGGGGGCGCUGUAGUGUCACUGCUUCACUUCACUGUGAUCCCACUUUAAACUCCUCUCGCUGGUCUGAAGUCACAUGACUGAGCGGGUUGAAGGAUUUUAGCGGAUUAAAUUCCGCUGAGCACUUUGUUCAACGUUGCCGUGACGACUUCCACCUUCUGCUUCUCCGUAACCGUGUUGGGAAGUCGAAGGUGGAAUAACGACACAAAUCCAGCAUGGAAUCACAGCAGCGUGACCUUUAAACAUGUGAAUGUUGUGCGACGCGAGUCGUCAAACGGGCGCUGCUGGUUGUUUUUCUUUGAGUGUAGAAACACGUGUUCUGUACAUUUCCUGUGGAAUUCACUGUACUUCAGUUCUUCACAAACUGUAAAGACUCUCACGUUUUGUGUAGAAUGGAGCAGGACCAGAGUCCAGACAGACUGAUGUAAAAACAAAAAGGAAAACCACCAGGAUCCUGGUUCCCAUGAUUCCUUGUGGCAAUCUAAUCUUGGCAGCUGGACAAAGGGUGGCGUCACGUUUCGCUCCUGCUCUCCGCAUUGAUCUGCUUCUGCUGGGUGAUUAUUGCUGCUGCUGCUCCGUGGCUGUUGUAAUAAAAUACAAAUUCACCAGGAAAAAUAACUGAUGUGAAAUAAUUUCAAUCAAAAAUAAAUUGCCUGUGAAUAUGUUUCA